AUGCUGUAUGGUUUGCCAGCUUCUUCCAUCAUUUGGAGCCUCCACUUGGUGCACUUGGUGCAGUUCACACUAGCGGUGCGUCCGGAGAUUUGGGCAGACUUGACCGACGAGGAGCUCCGGCCACCUGCGCCCAAGAACCUGGGCCGAUUGUUGAAAAAGAAAGCAGCGGCUGUCCGCUGUGUUGAGGACCCGGAGCUCUUCCAGGCUGUGCAGGACUUCUUGCAGCUGAAAGGGGGCUCGGAUGUGCCCUUAUGUUCCUUACCGGGCAUCGUGUGCCAGAAGUGCGGUGUGGUGAAGAUCGGCAGGAGUGGAGCCAGUGCGGAGUCUAUCCAGGGAGACCUGUCUUUCUUGAGGCGCUUCCCCGAGCUGCGCGAGGUGGACCUCAGUUGGACCCGCGUGACGGGCGACCUGAGCUCCCUGAGGAACUUGUCCAAGCUUGAGAAGGUGGACUUGCGACAGACGCAGGUCUCUGGAAAGCUGGCCUCUCUAGAGUACCUGACCAAGCUCAAGGAACUCUACCUGGACCAUCCGGAGGUCUCUGGCGAUCUGAAGUCCUUAGAAUCUGCCAGACUUGAGUGGUUAGAUCUGGAUCGCACCAAGGUCUCUGGAGAGCUCACAUCCCUCAAGAAGAUGACGGGCCUGAAGAGGCUCUAUCUCAGAAGCACGCAAAUCUCUGGAAAUCUGAGUGCCCUUGAGACGAUGAGAGAUUUGGAAAGACUCUACCUCAGUUGGACGAAGGUCUCUGGCAGCUUGGCGCCGCUGUCCAGAAUCACUGGCCUCGAAACCCUCUUCCUUAGGGACACUGAGGUCUCUGGCACCUUAGCAGCCCUCGAGGACCUCACGAGCCUGGUCAAGUUAGAUCUGGGUGGCACCCAGAUCUCUGGAACUCUGACUUCACUGGAGCAGAUGAUGAACUUGACCACGUUAUCUCUGGGAGAAACGCAGGUCCUUGGCACACUGAGCGCUCUACGGAGGAUGUCCGGCAUGGGGACCUUGAACCUCACGAAGACCAACAUCUCCGGAUAUAUCCAUGAACUCCAUAUGAUGAAGGGACUUGAACGACUUCUUCUCUCCAAGACCUGGAUCCUUGGCACCUUGGGAUCUCUCUCUUCGAUCGAUCUGCCGGCUUUGAGGACCAUAGACCUCUCCAGCACUCUGAUCUCCGGUUGGUUUCUUCAGAAAGGGGGGCGCAGGUAUAUGAACCUUCGAGAGGCAAAUCUGGCAGACAGUCUGGCAGGGCCUCUUCCAGAUCUUCCCCAGACUGUAGCCCUGUCACGUGCUGAGAUGCUUCCUGCUUUGCAGUUUCUCAAUGUCAGCGGCUGCCCCUUGAAUGGCACCGUGGAGCAGUUGCUGCUGCCUCUCGCAGCCAAUCCCAUCACGCGGAUCGCUGCGGCGCGGUGCGGUUUGCGGGGCCCAGUGCCGAACCUUAGGGCUUUGCCAUUGGUUCAGGUGGAUCAUCAGUGGCACUCCAUGUGGCGUAGUGUCUUGUCGGGCUCCCUUCAACUGCUGGACAUUUCGGGGAACGGCCUAUCAGAGAUGGACACCCUUCCUGCAGCCUUACGGGUGGAUGUUGGGGACAACUCACAGGUCAUGACGGUCAGCAAAGCUGCCUUGGUGGAGGCGUUGGAACACAGCAUCGAGGUGGGUCUGGCCAAUACCCAGCUUGCGAACAGAGCGGAGGUGCGCGAGUUGCUGGGCAAUGGUUUGGAGUUGCAAAAGACGUGGAGGCUGAAGACAGGACCCUUCGGCUGCAGAGAUUUGACCGAAUCCAGGUUGAAAGUGACGCCGGAGCUUUUUCUACCAGAUGACAUGUGCGGCUGCAGCCCUGGAUUUUCGGGGACGGCCACCAACUGCUCGCCUUGCCUCCAGGACACCUUCAAUGAUGAGUGGAAUCAAAGUAUUUGCGAAAGAUGCCCUUCACGCAGCCAUUCUCGCAAAGCUUCCAAAUCCUUUGAAGCCUGCGAAUGUGAUUUUGGCUUCAUCCAGAAUGAAGCUGGCAAUCUCAGCUGCCAAUGCCCUGCGAGCAAGGCGCUACGUGAGGACAAUUGCAUUCCCUGCGAUCAACUUCACUUGAACUGCUCCUCUCCUGGCAGCAUCGCAGCCACUGCGCCCGUGAAGGUGGGCCAUGCUCGACUCCACGACAGGGCAGAGGUGGCAUUUAGGUGCCUUGAGGCAAGGCGGUGCAGGGAGGACGGCUGUGCAGCAGGAUACACUGGCCCCCUUUGCACGGACUGCGCAGCUAGCUACCACGAAAGGAACCAGAAGUGUUUGCCAUGCCGCGACAUGCUGAGCAUGCGGACCAUCCUCACUCUCUUGGGGUGCACGAUGGUGCUCACACUUGCGGUGGUGGCCCUGGCAUACACCUUCAGGAAAGGCUUGGCUCUAAGCCUUCGCUCCAAAUGUGCCUUGCAGUUGCUGCAGUCACAACUGGCUGCCCUGUUGCAGCUGGUGCAGCUUUGGGCAGUGCUGGCGCGCUUGGCGCAGCCAGAGAGGGAGCUGGUGGACCUUAACGUCACUAGCCCUUCUGAGCAGCCAGAGGGCAAUUUGGUCUUCUGGAUGGAAGCGUUUCAGCUCACGGGGCAUGAGAUCCAAAGCUUUUUGGCGCUCCAGUGUCGCGUGGCCGACGCGGUUCAGGUGCGCUACGUCUUCGCGCUGGGGACUCCGAUGGCACCUUUGGCUUUGCUGGGGAGCUGUUUGCUCUUGGAGUUCUGUGCACGGGGCAUGGGAAUCAGCGUGGCGCUCAAGGUGCUCACGCUGCUCUUCAUCGGCGGGGCCUCGGGUGCUGCGCAGCUCCUGGGCUGUCAGCACGUGGACGGCACAGGAAAGGUGAGUUUGGGUGAUUCCGCUUUUCGCCCUCUCUUCCCGCAGCUCUUGUGCACGGAGUCCGCCCCCUGGGUCGAUGGAGUGGGUUGGCUGGGCAUUUUUUGCUAUGGCCUCGUGAUCCCAUGCUUCUUGGGUCUUCUCUUCCUGAAGCAAAACAUCCUCAUGCGCCCCGCGAAGACCUUCCUGGCGCAGCGAGACGAAGAAGAGGGCGGUUCAGUGACUCUGAGGCUUCAAAGCAUGACGUGCCGGCAGAGUAUCGAGGAGACCUUGUGCCCCAAACGCCUGGUGGCGGCGGCCGCAGCCCACGUGGCAGUUCGUGUGAAGGGAUGCGGUGCUACCGUGAAGCUGCAGAAGGGUGCAGCGAUCGUGACUCCCUUCCACGACGGCAGCACCGAUUCGAGCUUUUCCGUGGAGCGUCUGGUCAUGGAUGCCAAUCUGGAAGAAGCAGAGCUGCUUCAGUACCAAGAGAUGGUCCAAAUGUUGACGGAGCGAAGUAUCCUGGAAGAGAUCCAGCAAGAUAGAGUGAUGAUGGGCGCCAAGCAUCUGCUCUGCAAGUACGCCAGCUGUCAAAAGGUUUGGAUGGAAGUGACCUCCAAAGUGGCCUCCACCGCCCUGAUCUCCGUGGUGACUGCGGAGGACGGCCUGUGGCUCUCGCUGGGCAUCACCGUGGGCAUGGCCUUGGUCAUCAGUCUCGCGUCUCCAUUUGAGAAGCCACAGGUGAAUGUCUUCCACACCUGCUGCUUCGCAUGCUUGGCCAUGGCAGCUUUUGGCUUUCGCUUUUGCUGGUGGCUUUCGCGCUUUGCUUUGGCUUUGCCUGUGCUACUGCUCAUGGCGCAGCUCGUGCGACCUGACUCGCCCCAAGCAAUGGCAUUGAGACUGCAGAAGGAGUUGGAGGAGAAGAUCGAGUUCAUGCAGCAGGGAGGCUCCUUCGAAGUUUCGACCACACCGCUGCAGUUCUUCUGA